AUGGGCAUUGAUAGAAAGGAUGUGAGGAUUGUGUGCCACUUCAAUAUUCCGAAGUCAAUGGAAGCAUUCUAUCAAGAGUCAGGUAGAGCUGGUCGUGAUCAGUUGCCCUCUACAAGUCUCUUGUACUACGGAGUAGAUGAUCGCAAAAGAAUGGAAUUUAUACUAAGAAACUCGGGUAGCAAGAAGGCAAAAUCAUCAAACUCACAAGAAGAAUCAACCAGAAUAACCCUAACUGCUUUCAAUCAGAUGAUUGAAUAUUGUGAAGGAUCUGAAUGUCGUAGGAAAAGGAUUCUAGAGAGUUUUGGAGAGCAGGUAACGGCAUCACUAUGUGGAAAAACAUGUGACUCCUGUAGACACCCAAACUUAGUUGCCAGAAAUUUGGAGGAUCUCACUGCUGCCUGUUCUCUACGCCAGAAAGGAGGUUCUCGAGUUUUCAUCACCAGUUCCUCUGAUGCAAUUGUUGGAGAACAGUUAUCUGAAUUCUGGAAUCGAGAUGAGGAAGCAAGUGGAUCAGAGGAAGAUAUCUCUGACUUAGAUGAGGGUAAUGAGGUUGUCAACAAUCUAGCCCGGUCAAAGCUUCAAUCCAGAGUGGGAAUAAAUGAAAAGCUUGAUUUGCUACAGAGGGCAGAAGAAAAGUACUAUCGAAAUGAGAACACCAAUAAACAGAGCAAUAAAGUGGACAAGAAUGCUAUUUCUGAUGCAUUACGAGGGGCAAGCAGGCAGAGAUUACAAAAUGCUUUAAAACAGGCUCAGGAACGGCUUGGCGACUCUAAGAUUGAAAUGGAAGCUUCGGCAUCUCUUCUCGAAGAUGAAUGUUACAAGAAAUAUGGCAAGACUGGCAAAUCAUUCUAUUAUUCCCAAGUGGCAAGUACUAUCAGGUGGUUGACAACUACAAAUUCCGACAAUCUAAUGAACCGACUUCAUGCAGUUGAUGUUUCCUCAUCAUUGAAUGUCAUCUCUGAAGUUGAACAUUCCCUCACACCACCACCCGCUUCAGCUCCUUGUGCAAAAGAAGAAACUAACAAUGAGGUCUCCGGCAGUGCUGUGACAGAAAUAAUCCCAUCUGAUAUGCCAAUGGAAAAUUCUUUUAAUACAAACUUGCCACCAAUACCAUCCUUCUCUGAAUUCGUAAACAGUAGGAAAGCAAAAAGGGACCAAUCAGGUGACACAAAAAAACACUCAUCAAGGGUAGAAAAGAAGAUGAGGAUACAGUAG